GGAAAACAGUUUGUCAAGAAGAAUAGACAGAAUAUUAGAGAGAAUCGAGCGAGUGGGUGGAUGAGACUCGGAGAGAGAGAGAGAGAGAAGACGAAAGGGAGUUGGAGAGAUUGUACUCGGUUGAAUAUUAGAAAAAAGAUUCGAUAUCAAUGAGUUUGCCCUGAAAGAAUUUCUUCAGCUUUUGAUGUUAUAUUCUUGUGGGUCUGCGUGGAAUCUUUUACUCAGCCACUGAUAUUGUGAGAGGAACCAAAAUGGUUAAAUUAAUUAACAGUUAAUAUUAACAAUUAACUUCCUCACCUUUUGUAUAAACUCUUGUGUACAUAAACAUGUUGAUAACAUACAAGAAACAUUAACAAUCUGUUGGAAUUAGAGUUGAACCAAUUAACCGAAGUCCUGUCACCUCAGUGGAUCAGCUAACUCUCUCUCUCUCUCUCUCUCUCUGCUUCUCACUUCUCAUCAUUUCCCAAUGGCUUCCCCAAGUUUAGAAUGCUAUUCUUCAUCUUCUGUGGGUAAAAAGCCAACAUAUUCCGAAUCCGUUAGGCCGUUUUCAUCUUCAACCAUCGCCCCUAAAGUUUCCUUCAGAUCAAAUUCAAUUGAUAUCGAAAGACGUGAUAAAUGUGAUAGAAAAGGUUCAGGUUCUCUUCCAUCUUCUUUUGAUGUGGAUAAAUUGAUGAGAAAAUUGGAAGAAGAUGACAAAGCACUUCGAGAAUUGGAAGAAAUGGAACUUGAACGCCUCAAUAUCAACACAACGAGCAAUUUGGCCUCAACUACACCAGCAUCUUCUUCAUCGGCAGUUGAAAUGGACGCUUGUUCAUCUCAACCACUGACCACAAUCCCGACCUCGCAAGCUACAACCACUUCAACUUCUUCCAUUGGGUCAACUACAACUGCCGCUUUAUCCUCAUCAAUGCCGGAACUCAAUGAUCGCCAAUCAUAUGAUCGAUUGUCACAAUUAAACUCUCGCUCGGGAGGACCUUCCAUUUCAUCAAAAGAAUUAGACAAAUUGAUGAGGAAAUUGGAACAAGAUAACAAAAUUUUGGCUGAAUUGGAUCAAAAGGUUAAAAGAAUAUCGUCAAACAACAUGGCUUCAUCUUCAUCUGCCUUGUUAUCCUCAUCGUUACCAGUACUGACCUCAAAUCUUUCUGGACUCCACUCAACUACCCAGUUUCUUUCAGAUCGAAAUCAUGUUAAUCGUGAGAAAAAGUUAACCUUACCAAUAAAUUCGAUGCUUCCAGGAAGAGAAGAUCCGUUCCUCAUUUUGCAGCAAAUUCGAAAAGAACAAGAACUACGUAUGGCCGAAGAUAUUGUCGAUAGUAUUGAAAUACCAAAUCGUGGAAGAUGUAAAGUAUUCAUCGCAAGAUACAGUUACGACCCAUUUAAACAAUCGCCGAAUGAAAAUCCUGAACAAGAACUUCACUUGGCUGCAGGUGAUUUCAUUCUAGUUUUCGGUGAAAUGGACGACGACGGGUUUUUCAUGGGUGAAACACUCGAUGGUCGAAGAGGUUUAGUUCCUUCUAAUUUUAUCGAAAAAUUAACCGGCGAAGACUUGUUUGAAUUCCAAGCCACCGUUUUAUAUGAAACCAGAGAUGGAGACGAAUCUAGUGUUAGUUAUCCUCCCGAGUUUUAUGAUGCCCUUCUCAACGAUGCCAUGGCUCACACCAACUUUCAACAUUUGAUUGCACCAGAGGACUUUCACAGAAUGAAUGAUUAUAUUGAAUUAGCUGAGUCUCAGGACAUUGAUGAAGAAGAUUUAUCGGACCCCGAAAGAGCUCAAGCCACUGCUGCACGCGAUAUGGUUCCACCGCCCAGGAGAUUGAUAUUGGAGCGGCAAUUCCACAAAAGCAUUUUAAUCUGUUGGCUGCCCCCCGACUGCCCUCCAACUUUCAUCGAGUGUUACCAAAUUCUCGUUGAUGGUGUUCUAAAAGUCACUGUACCAAGCAUCGAACGAACAAAAGCCUUAGUCGAAGGUGUUGAUUCCUCAAUCCCACAUCGAGUUAGCAUUCGAGCCAUAAAUAAUUCGGGAAGAGCCUCGAAAGAUGCAGCAUGUACUGUAAUCAUUGGCAAAAAUGUGCCCUUUGCCCCUUGUAGCGUUAAAGCCACCAACAUUACCUCAGAAUCAGCUUUGAUCAGCUGGUUACCCUGUAAUAGUAACUUUUAUCAUGUAGUUGCAGUGAACUCAGUCGAAGUUAAGACCGUUGGCCCAGGAGUUUACAAGCAUUUAAUCACUGGUUUGGCAGCUAAUACCCUUUAUCGUGUUUCUAUUCGUGCCAAACCUGGUAAACUUAUGUCGUCAGAGGAAAAAAAUCCAAAAAAACUCGAAAUGUUGACCACUUUUGUCGAUUUCCGGACUCUACCAAAAAGUCUUCCAGAGCCCCCAGUGGACAUACAAGUAGAGGCUGGACCACAAGACGGAACUCUUCUUAUAACUUGGCUUCCAGUAACUUUGGACCAAUAUGGAACCUCCAAUGGAUGUCCAGUGACCGGUUAUGCUGUUUUCGCUGCUCAUAAAAAGUUGACAGAAAUUGAUAGUCCAACUGGGGACCAUGCACUCCUCGAUGUUGGCCAAAUUGAGAGUUUCCACAAAAAAGCUGUUACAGUUCGCACAAAAUCAGGAGAAAAUCUAUCCCAAGAUUCGAUGCCUUGUCAGAUACCCGAUGACCUGAUUAAAUUGUCUGCUCAUCGAAAGACUGAAAGAUGUUACGGACAAAAUUACCAAUCGAAUUUGGAUAUUUAUCCAUCGACUCCCAUCAACCAAUUUAGCUUAGCCCAGGGUAGAGUCCAUUCUGAUUCUGAAUCGGAAACUGAGAUGAAUCAACUAAUGAGUAAUGUUGCUCGGAGAUCCAAAGUUUUCGAUCCUUCAACAAAUCAGGUACAUCCAGGCCAUCCGAGUUUGAGAGCACCAAUGCGAACCCAUCCUUCAAUGCGACACUAUUCAAGCCAACAUCACCAACUGCCCCUUCAUCAUCAGCCAUAUGCCUCACACCAUCAACACCACCCUGGUCAUCAUUUGCAACAUUCAUAUCACCAGCAACCACAUCAACUGCACUCACAGUCGUUACAGCAACAUGCUAAUCUUGCCAACCGUCAUGGCGGUGUAAUGUCAAUGCAACAUCAACAAUUUCAUCCUCAAAAUCAACACCCAAUGCAAAUGCAACAACAGGGCUUCCAAUCGAACUCCGGAACCAUGCAAACCAAUCCAAACCGAAUGACCAUUCCAUCCAUAGCGAUUACUAAAGAUACGCCGAGUGAAAGCGUCAAUCCAAUCGAAAGCUACUCGGAGGAGGAAUUUGAGGCGACAAUGAAAGGCAGAGGGGGACGAUAUGGUGGCCCAUCUCCACAGCCUCCUCACAGAAGUCGACAGUACAGUGAAUAUGAACGAUCCCAUUUCGGGGCUGGUCGAAUUCGUGGACCACGAGAUUUAAGAUGGUUCAUUGCUCUUUACGAUUACGAUCCACUUACAAUGUCACCAAAUCCUGAUGCUGCUAAUGAAGAGUUACCUUUUCGAGAGGGCGAUCUCAUUAAGAUCUACGGUGAUAAAGAUCCUGAUGGAUUUUUUCGCGGUGAAUCAAACGGAAGAAUCGGUUACGUGCCUUGUAACAUGGUUUCCGAAGUCCAAUGUGAUCCCGAAACGGGCCAACCUCUUCGAGGAACAAAUGACAAUGAUCCUUGGGGCCAUUUACCGGUUAAAAAAAUGGUUGCACUCUAUGACUAUGAUCCUCAGGAGCUCUCGCCGAAUCCUGAUACUGAGGUGGAGUUAGCUUUUAAUGCUGGUGAUGUGAUUUACGUUUAUGGUGAAAUGGAUGAAGAUGGUUUCUUCAUGGGAGAGCUUAGUGGUGUCCGCGGUUUAGUCCCGUCGAACUUUUUAACCGAAUCUACUGAUCGACAUGGUCAAAUGAGAGGACGACAAGGAGUGCAAGGCUAUCAACAGCAAUAUCCACAAGGGCCGGUGAAUCAACCUUACGGGUCAGUUCAAAGCUCUAAUAUUUAUGGAUCCAAUGUGUAUCAAGGAUCAGGUAUGGCCCAAGGUCAAGGAAUAAGGCCACAAGGACAAUAUGUUAACCAAACUAUGGGAAUGCAACAACAAUCUCAAUUUGGAAUGGUAGGAAAUAAUCAUCGUCCUAACAGUUUGGAUCUCGGAAUGAAUCAACAAAGAAUGGGCCAAGUUGGUCAACAACAAAUGACGAAUCAACAAAUGCAGCAACAAACUCAACAAACUUCAUCGUUGAAUCCAUUUUCCAGUUUAUUCGCAAGUGGUAAAAAGAUUCUUGAAGAUGCGACAACACCUCGUGGUGGUCAACCCAAUAACUUUAGUGGAUUUGGACAACAACAAGUUCAACAGCAAAUACCAACGCAACAAAAUUAUCAGCAACAACAAAUGUCCACACAACAGCAACAACCCCAACAACUACAACAACUACAACAACAACAACAACAGCAACAGCAGCAACAGCAGCAACAGAUGCAGCAAAUGCAACAACAGUCCCAACAACAGUUCAAACAAGGGCCAAGGUUCGGGCCUAUGCAGACAAAGCAACCGCAACCACAACAGCAACAGUAUGGACAAGGCUAUUAUGGUGCUCCGACAAAUCAAAUGGGUCAAAUGGGGCAGAUUGGCCAAAUGAACCAAAUGAACCAAAUGAGCCAAAUGGGUCAAAUGAAUCAGAUGGGCCAAAUGGGCCAAAUGGGACAAAUGCAACAACAAAACCAAGCUCAACAACAGGGACCCACAUUAUCUGGAGCUCUUGGGGCCGUGAAAAGCAUUUUCAAAAUAUAAUCUGAUCAUUUCAACUUUAUUUUUAUUUCCGAUUGCGAAGAAAAUGAUCGAUUCUCAAUCGAGGUUCGAUUCAUCUUUUUCGUUAUUGCGAUCUCCAAAUGCUGUGAGAGACGAAGCAGCACUUAUACUAACAUAAGUGUUUUCUUUUUCAUAAAACUAAACUUUGGUUUUGUCUUGAUAUUCUUUAUAUUAUUUGGAAUUUGGAUAACCAGGAAAACUAUAAUUAUCGUAAUUUUUAUUUGCUUAAGAGACAAAAACUUGAAAAUAAUUAAAUUAAUUUCAAGUAUUUUACUAAUUAUGAUUUCAGAAGAAAUUAACUUGAUAUGAUAAACAAUUGCUCUCUCUCUCCCUCUCUCUAUCUUGGUUUUCCAAUUAGUUUUGGUCGUGCCUUAGACUCUUUUAUUUUAUCAUUUUUUUCUUUCGCCAGAUCAAAAUGUUUGUGAGAUAAAAGAAAACAACAUAAAACCAACAUCGAGAAGGAAUAAAGUUCUAAUACUUUGAUGGAAACUUUUCAGAAUUUCUGGUUCAGCCUGAAAGUGGAAACACCUUCUUAAACCACCAACAAUAUCUUAUUGUUUCAACAAAAUGAUUAACACAAAUUCACUAUUUCUAUUGGUUUCAAUGGUAUAAUCAUGAUCUAUUGGUUAUAACACAUUAUUAUUAUAUCACAAUUAUUAUAACAAUUGAUUAUAUGCUAAUCAGUGGUAAUAUGGUUGAAACAAAUUUUUCUUUUACUACCGUAACUGUUUGAUUAUUAUUAUUGUAAUCCCAAUCAAUCCUUAAACUUUCAAUCCUAAUCCUGAUCCUCAAAUCGACAUCUAUCGACGCAAAAAACAUUCUAUUCACAUAUUAUGAUGAAUUAGUUACUGGAUAAUUUAUCGAAUCUAUGCCACCCGACACCAACAGAAAUUACUCCGAGCAUGAAACAGCCUAAACAAUGACCUGAGUGUACCUGAAUUGACACAUGAAUUUUCAAGAUUCUUCCGCUGGUGAUGCCCAAACUAAAAGAUAAUUAAAUAUAAAUGAUUUCAGUUUGCGCCUUCAAAUGGUUCAAUUUCCAUAAUUAAUUCAAACUCAUUUUAAUUGAUGAAACUUAGAACUGAAUACUGAUUUUUACUAGAAACUUAUACAGAAUUGAUAUAUACUGUAAUUUGGAUUCUGUGAAUUAUCAGAAAAUAACAGAAGUUCAGAGCAAUCAAACUCGGUGCAAAUUUCCUGAUCCUUUCUCUUUCUUUUAUUAUGUUCUAAUUGACCAAUGGACAGGAGAAAAAAUUGACUGAUUAUUUAGAAUUAAACAAGACAAGAUAAUAAAUAAAUUCAACUUGAGUAAGGAGAGUAAAGACAAAAAAUGUCUAUUAUUUGGUACAUGGGAGAGAUUCUCAUGUCAUCAUUGUGUCGUAAGUAGAGACAAUUAUCAUCUACUCUAAAUUUGGUGGAGAAUACUUUUUACUCUCCACAUCAUUUCAGUUAUAUUCUAGUUCGUGUUGAGCAAAUACUAACUCCUUGUUAUCUGAAAGGUUGAAUCAUGAACAAGUCAGAAAUCAUGAUGAUGAGUUAAUUCUGGCCUCAAAUUGAUUCAGUCUCACUACCUUGACUUCAAUACAGCCUAAAACUCGUGAAUGAGGAUAAUAAAAUCCAAUGAUUAACAAGCAACUCAAUCAGAAUGACCUUGGAUCAGGUUAUUUGUAAUUGAAGACCCAGAAAUUCAGCGUCUCUCUUGGAGUGAAAUAUUUCCCCUCCUUUCUCAUUAUCCUCUUUCCACCCAAUUGGUAGACUAAAGAGAAACUCAAUUCAAUUUGAUUAUAAUAGAUUUAGAUGAUGA